CAGCUGCCAUGAUCAGCUCCUAUAAAAAUAAAAUGUCUCAGAACUGGGUCGAAGAUCUCACACGCUCUCUGCUUUGGCACCGGAGAGGCCCAGGUUAACCUUUUGUCGUACCCGGGCGGUGCCUUACGAGGGCUUUGGACUCCCUUGCUAGCAGUCUUCCCUUCCCACCUCCGGGCUACCAGUCAUGGCAUCUCGCCUGGUGAGGCGAUGCACGUGCCUCCUGAGAGAGGCCGCCCGUCUGGCCCCUGCCAUGCCUCCGGUUGGCCAGCCAAGACUCACCCGGGGAGCCCCCAGGACUCUGACCUCCUCGGCUACCUCACCCAGCUCCCCGCCCAGCUCCCACCUCCCUGGUUCCUUGUCAGAGCUUGUGGAGAGGGGACAAGUGUUUACUCCCUACCCGGAGCGCCAGGAGGUGGACCAGCUCAUUGAGAAGGCCACCCAGCCAGAGGAGAUCCUGGCGCUACUUGGUGGCGGCCACUGUCUGCACCAGAACCACGCGGCCCUCAUGGUCAUCCAGCUCUCCCGCCUGCUGUCUGAGAAGCCGAAAGACAAAGCCUUACUCAUCAAGGAUGCCCGCUUUCAGCACCUUCUCCAUCUUGUUAACAGCCAGAUAAAUGCAGUCUGGCAUGGGACCCUCAUGAAGCUGCUCCGGAGUCUCUACGCGCUGGGGCUCCCGGCGACCUCCAAGGAGCUGCAGUCGGUGGAGCAGGAGGUCCGCUGGCGCAUGCGCAGGCUCAGGUACAAGCACCUGGCCUUCCUGGCCGAGUCCAGCGCCACCUACAUGCAGGAGCAGGGCUCCCAGGAGCUGCUGGCUGAGCUGCUUGUGCACCUGGAGCGGCGCUGGACGGAAAUCGAUGACGGGCGCACAGUGGUGGCCAUGAUGGUGAAGAUAGGGCACCUCUCCAAGUCGCUGAUGAACCGCCUGGAGGACAAGUGCCUGGAGCUGGUGGAGCAGUUUGGCCCUGAGGAGCUGCGGAAGGUACUGGUGAUGUUAGCAGCUCAGAACCGGCGCUCGGUGCCCUUGCUGCGGGCUGUCUCUUACCACCUGGUCCAGAAGCCCUUCACCCUGACGAAAAGCAUCCUCCUGGACCUGGCCUAUGCCUAUGGCAAACUCGGCUUCCACCAGACCCAGGUGUUCCAGCGCCUGGCUGCUGACCUGCUGCCCCACACGCCUAGCCUGACUUCCAGCGAGGUGGCCCGCUGCACCAAGUCCUUUGCCUUCCUUAAGUGGCUCAACCUGCCCCUGUUUGAGGCCUUUGCCCAGCAUGUCCUGGACAGAGCCCAGAGCAUCGCUCUGCCACACCUGUGCAACAUGCUCCUGGCUUUCGCCCGUGUGAACUUCCGGCCAGAACGGGAGGACCAGUUCUUCAGCCUGGUGCAUGAGAAGCUGGGGUCGCAGCUGGCAGGCCUGGAGCCAGCCCUGCAGGUGGACGUGGUGUGGUCCCUGUGUGUGCUGCAGCAGGCCAGGGAGGCCGAGCUGCAGGCUGUGCUCCGCCCUGAACUUCACGGCCAGUUUCUAGGUGACAAGUCCCCAAAGGAUCAAAGCACCUUCCAGAAGCUGCUCCAUAUCAACGCCACUGCCCAGCUGGAGCACCCCGAGUACACAGGCCCCCACUUGCCAUCCUCAGCCUUGGUCCCCAGGCCCUCCGCCCUUGACAAGAAGGUGACCCCCUUGCAGAAGGAGCUGCAGGAGACACUGAAGGGACUGCUGGGGAGCACCGACAAGGGCAGCUUCUUGGUGGCCACACGAUAUGGCUGGGUUCUGGAUGCUGAGGUCCUGCUGGACGCCGACGGCCAGCUCCUGCCCCUGAGGGACUUUGUGGCUCCUCAUCUCACCCAGCCCUCUGGGAGCCAGCCGCUGCCCGCUGGGGCCAAGAGGCUGGCCUUCCUGUGCUGGGAGUUUCCCAACUUCAACAGCCGAAGCAAAGACUUGCUGGGGCGCUUUGUGCUGGCCCGGCGCCACCUGCUGGCCGCUGGCUUCCUGCUGGUCGACGUCCCGUACUACGAGUGGCUGGAACUCAAGUCUGAGUGGCAGAAGAGUGCCUACCUCAAGGACAAGAUGCGCAAAGCAGUGGCAGAGGAGCUGGCCAAGUGACCUGUCUCACAGCCAGACCUUGUGCCCAGGGGGCCGGACUGCCCAAGUCUGGGCGGCAAGGGGGUGGCACACUUGAGGACAGAUCUCAGUGCAGGACCAUGGUUGGAAGUGGGGUGAUGGCAGGCUACUCAAUAAAUGUGUCAUCAGCU